AUGCUGGUGAUCCUGCUGAACUGUGUGACACUGGGCAUGUUUCAUCCCUGUGACGACAUCUCCUGCAAGUCUGAGAGGUGCAAGAUCCUGCAGGACUUCGAUGACUUCAUCUUUGCAUUCUUUGCCAUUGAGAUGGUGAUCAAGAUGGUGGCUAUGGGAGUUUUUGGCAAAAAGUGUUACCUUGGAGACGCCUGGAACCGCUUGGAUUUCUUCAUCGUAGUGGCUGGGAUGUUGGAGUACUCCCUCAACCUGCAGAACGUCAACUUUUCUGCGGUGAGGACGGUUCGCGUGCUGAGACCUCUGAGAGCCAUCAAUCGGGUGCCAAGUAUGCGUAUCCUGGUGACCCUGCUGCUGGACACCCUGCCCAUGCUGGGCAACGUGCUGCUGCUCUGCUUCUUUGUCUUCUUCAUAUUCGGCAUCGUAGGCGUCCAGCUGUGGGUCGGCCUGCUCAGAAACCGCUGCUUUGUGAAAAACUUCUCCUUCCCUCUCAGCACGGGUUUGAAGAAAUACUACCAUACUGACAACAUUAGCGACGAGAACCCCUUCAUCUGCUCCCUGCCCCAAGACAAUGGCAUGAGGAACUGCAACUCUGUGCCGCAGCUGUACCAGCACAACAUUGAGUGCAAACUGGACGAGUACUCUUACAACAGCACUGACAACACCACCUGCGUCAACUGGAACCAGUACUAUACCGAAUGCGCCGCUAGUGACACCAACCCCUUUCAGGGAGCCAUCAACUUCGACAACAUCUUCUACGCCUGGAUUGCCAUCUUUCAGGUGAUCACUCUGGAGGGCUGGGUGGACAUCAUGUACUUUGUGAUGGAUUCUCACUCCUUCUACAACUUCAUCUACUUCAUCCUACUCAUCAUUAUUGGCUCAUUCUUCAUGAUCAACCUGUGCCUGGUGGUCAUCGCCACUCAGUUCUCGGAGACCAAGCAGAAAGAGAGUCAGCUAAUAAAGGACCAGCGGGAGCGCUACAUGUCCAACGCCAGCACUCUGGCCUCCCACUCCGAGCCGGGCUCCUGCUACGACGAGCUGCUUAAGUGCCUGGUUGAAAUCGUCCGCAAUGGGGCCAAACAAGUGGCACAUAUCUGCAGGCUUCUGGCCCGCCGAGCUGGGUUCAACAUCCCCGCUACGCCCCCACCCGCCACGCCCCAACGCAGCCAAAGAAGGAGGAGGAAGUGUUCCAGGCGGGGAUCUGUGUCGGUUCAUCACAUGAUGCACCAUCAUCACCACCACUACCACCUGGGGAAUGGCAGCGUGAGGGGAGGAGGGAGUAGCAGGUGCCUGGAGGGUAGGGAUGUGGAGGUCGGUGCCCAUAACAACAGCGGAGGGGCCCUUGUAGCAACCACCGGCACCGGGCACCUUUCUUUAGCCCCGCCGCCUUCAGUGACAGCAGCCACCUCUGAUACAAACCUAGCCACUUUGUUCAACCCUGCCACGGGAGCUGCCGAUUCAUCUUCGGUACGCAGUGUAUUCCAUGCAGAGGCUCUUUGCUGUUCCCCCUCGCCCACAAACCUGGGGCCAACCAUAGGCACCUUCUCCCUAGCCCCGGCUCCCAUGUCCAGGGCCAUGAAGAGGAACUCUGUACCCUUUGCGGCCCCAGGGCCUAAGAACUACCCCACCCUGCAGACUCGAGCCCUGGCCGAGUCCAGACGAGGAAGUGCUGCUGCCAGCACUCUGACUAACAUCAGCUUCAACCUGAAUAUCCCGCCCAUGCCCCUGGAGAGACGGCCAUCAAGCCUGUUGGACACACACGCUGCCACAGCCCAGCUCUCCUGCCAGCUGUCGGCUUGUGACCUCAGCACCACCAGCAGUGCCAUGGACACAGCCGCUUUGACAUUGGACCCAGAGAGUUGCCCCUACUGCGCCAAGCUAGCCAAUGAAUCAGAGGGUGGCACUGAAGGCAACGAGACCCCCGGAGACUCCGACAGCGAGGGCGUAUAUGAGUUCACCCAAGACCUCCACCACAGGGACAGGAGAGACAGCCGGCAGCCAAAAAAGAAGCAGUGUAGGCUUGGCAAAACGGCGGGGAACGUAGUUCGCUUCUGGAGGCUGGUGUGCGACACAUUCAGGAAGAUUGUGGACAGCAAGUACUUUGGACAAGGGAUUAUGAUCGCCAUUCUGAUCAAUACUCUGAGCAUGGGGAUCGAGUACCAUGAGCAGCCUGAGGAGUUGUCCAGCGCUUUGGAGAUCAGUAACAUUGUGUUCACCAGCCUGUUCGCUCUGGAGAUGCUGUUGAAGGUUUUGGUCUAUGGGCCCUUCGGCUAUAUCAAGAACCCCUACAACGUCUUUGAUGGCAUCAUCGUGGUCAUCAGUGUGGGGGAGAUCGUGGGUCAGCAGGAUGGCGGUCUGUCGGUGCUGAGGACCUUCCGGCUAAUGAGGGUGCUGAAGCUUAUCCGUUUCAUGCCCGCCCUGCAGAGGCAGCUGGUGGUGCUGAUGAAGACUAUGGACAAUGUGGCCACAUUCUGCAUGUUGCUGAUGCUUUUUAUAUUCAUAUUCAGUAUCCUUGGAAUGCAUCUGUUUGGUUGUAAGUUUGGGAAGAAGAAGAAUGGAGAAACCGUGCCAGACAGGAAGAACUUUGACUCACUCCUCUGGGCCAUAGUGACUGUCUUCCAGAUCCUAACCCAGGAGGACUGGAACGAGGUAUUAUAUAACGGCAUGGCCGCCACCUCUCCCGUAGCUGCCCUCUACUUCAUCGCACUCAUGACCUUUGGCAACUACGUCCUCUUCAACUUGCUGGUGGCCAUCUUGGUCGAGGGUUUCCAGACUGAGGAAGUGACCAAGCGGGAGGACUUGCAUGCCCAGCUGAGCCUAAUUCAGCUGCCUGUAGACUCAGGGGGUGAUGCUUCUAAAUCAGGUUCGGAGAUCGAUUCCUGCGCACGAAGUAUGGAGGACGUUAACGGCAGCAAGAAGGAUUUGUCGGCCUCUGCAGUGCCUGUAAAUGGCCACGUGGACCUGAAGACCAGCUUGACUCCACCUGUAAUUACCCACACGGCUGCCACCCCCAUGCCUGUACCCAAGUUGCCUGUCGGAGGUGAUCCCAUACUGGACUACGAGUCCCGACGAGGCAGCAGCGUCUCCAUAGACCCAGCCUGCUAUGACAAAUCCCCGACCAGUGCCCGGAGCUCAUCUCCCCAUGGCCCAUGUAGCUCCGGCAGCGGCUGGACCAGCCGCCGGGCCAGUUGGAACAGCCUGGGUCGCGCCCCGUCACUCAAACGCCAGAAGCGGCAGUCUGGGGAGCGAAGGUCUCUCCUCUCCGGGGAGGGUGGCUCAAGCUCAGAAGAUGGGGAAGGUGGAGGAGAAGGAGGAGGUGGGUUGAUGGAGGACGACGACGCCUCUCUGGCCAGGACGGAAUCCAUGUCCCAGUCGCAGAGAGGGCCCCGACACCGGAGGAUGGAGUCAGUAGAAACUCGGAGCUCCAUGGAUUUGCCCCCUGAUGCUCUGUUGCAGGUGCCCUACCUGUACCGCUCGGCCAGCAUGCACAGCUCCAGGCCGCCCUCACUAGGCCACUCGCGGCCCCCAGGGCACAGCGACUGCAAUGGGAAGGGCUCUCCGGCAGUCCUGGGCCCCACCCACGUCUCUCUGGAGGACAAUACUGAAGACGAAAAUGCAGAAGAGGAGCCCAGCCUGGGUCGUUUUGCCAGACUGGUCCGCUGGAUGGAGAAGAAGCAGCCCGAUUGGUGUCAACAGAGAGACAGCUGGUCACUCUACCUCUUCCCUCCAGAGUCAAGGUUUCGGAUCCUGUGCAAUAGGAUCAUCACACACAAGAUGUUUGACCAUAUUGUGUUGGUCAUCAUCUUCCUCAAUUGCAUCACUAUCGCCAUGGAGAGGCCUAACAUCAAUCCCACCAGUGCUGAGCGGAUCUUCCUCAAAUUGUCCAACUACAUCUUCACAGCGAUCUUUGUGGCUGAGAUGACUAUAAAGAUUGUAGCUCUGGGCUGGUGUUUCGGGAAGAAGGCCUACCUGAAGAGCAGCUGGAACGUACUGGACGGGAUGUUGGUGACGAUUUCUGUCAUCGACAUUCUGGUGUAUCUCAUCUCCAACUCUGGUACCAAGAUCCUGGGAAUGCUCAGAGUGCUGAGGCUGCUGAGGACCCUGAGGCCACUACGUGUGAUCAGCAGAGCUCCGGGGCUGAAGCUGGUGGUAGAGACCCUGAUGUCAUCGCUAAAGCCCAUCGGCAACAUCGUGGUCAUCUGCUGCGCCUUCUUCAUUAUCUUUGGCAUCUUGGGAGUACAGCUCUUCAAGGGGAAGUUCUAUGCUUGUCAAACAGAAGAUACCAGUAACAUUAAGAACAAGACGGCGUGUUACCUGGCAGGCUACAAAUGGGAUAAACACAAGUACAACUUUGACAACCUGGGACAGGCUUUGAUGUCUCUGUUUGUUCUGGCAUCAAAAGAUGGCUGGGUGGAUAUUAUGUAUAACGGACUAGACGCUGUAGCGGUUGACCAACAGCCGAGAACGAACCACAACCCGUGGAUGCUGCUGUACUUCAUCUCUUUCCUGCUGAUUGUGGCCUUCUUCGUGCUCAACAUGUUCGUGGGCGUGGUGGUGGAGAACUUCCACAAGUGCCGGCGCCACCAGGAGGCCGAAGAGGCCAAGCGCAGGGAGGAGAAGAGACUGAAACGCUUGGAGAAAAAGAGACGGAAAGCUCAGAGUAAGCCCUACUACUCCGAUUACUCCCCCACCCGCCUGCUCAUCCACAAGAUGUGUACCAGCCAAUAUCUGGACCUGUUCAUCACCAUCGUCAUAGGGCUCAACGUCAUCGCCAUGUCCAUGGAGCACUACGAACAGCCCAAGGAGCUGACCAAGGCACUUAAGAUCUGUAACUACAUUUUCACGGUCAUCUUUGUACUGGAGUCCGUCUUCAAGCUGGUGGCCUUCGGCUUUCGAGGCUUCUUCAAAGACAAGUGGAACCAGCUGGAUCUGGCCAUCGUGCUGCUGUCCAUCAUGGGCAUCACUCUGGAGGAGAUUGAGGUCAAUGCAUCCCGGCAUAUCAACCCCACCAUCAUCCGCAUCAUGAGAGUGCUGAGGAUAGCAAGAGUAUUGAAGCUGUUGAAGAUGGCGGUGGGGAUGAGAGCUUUGCUGGACACCGUUAUGCAAGCCCUGCCUCAGGUGGGGAAUCUGGGUCUUCUCUUCAUGCUUCUCUUCUUUAUCUUUGCAGCGCUGGGAGUGGAGCUGUUUGGUGAAUUGAAUUGCGAUGACAAACACCCAUGUGAAGGUCUGGGGCGCUACGCUACAUUCGAAAACUUUGGGAUGGCAUUUCUGCUGCUCUUCAGAGUUUCCACUGGAGACAACUGGAAUGGCAUAAUGAAGGACACAUUAAGGGACUGCAAUAAAAACACAACCUGCUACAACACUGUGGUCUCUCCCAUCUACUUCGUCUCCUUUGUUUUGACCGCCCAGUUUGUCCUGGUCAACGUUGUCAUAGCUGUCCUGAUGAAGCACCUGGAGGAGAGCAACAAGGAAGCCAAGGAGGAGGCGGAGCUGGAGGCGGAGUUGGAACUGGAGAACCGGCUCCAGGCGGAAAGGGCGGAGAUGGCAAAACGGUCACCCCAGCUCAACCCUUUGGCACUGGGCACGGAUAGGUCGAGCUCUGGGGGUUCCCCCUGUAGGUCCACUGGAGGAGGGGACAGGGAGCAGGAAAGGGACGGUCCUAUGGACUCACCCACUGCUGAUAUUCGCAGAGACUCUAUAAACCUCAGAGCAGACCCCCCUUCGAGCCUGGAGCCCACGUUGGAGUUUGUCCAGCGGAGAGCGCAGUUUGACUCGGUCUCCCUGGUCAUCCAGGGUUCAAUGGAGGGAGAGUUGAGUUUGAUGGACAACCUCUCUGGCUCUAUCUGUCACUACUACGCACUGCCCCCCAGGCCCAGCAAGCACAGCAGCGACAAGAAGCCAGAACAGCUCGAUCCCGGGGAGCCACUGGAGGACAACCUGCUGAGCGUCAGGAAGCCCAUGGUGGGACGCACACACUCCCUGCCUAACGACAGCUACAUGUACCUCCCCAUGCAGCCCUUUGGCUCUGCGGCUCCAGCACAGCUUCUAGCACAGACAGAAGGGUCCCAGCACAUACGGGGCACCCACAGGACCCAAUCUGGCUCCAGUGGCUCGGUGCGUUCACAGCCGGAGGAGUUUUCUCAGCUGACUGUUCCCACAGACCUCUUUAGACCCAUCAGCCCCCACAGCCACUCAGACUCGGAGAGUAUACCACGACUACCCCCUCCCAGACGUGCGCACACACUCAGCCGCACACUCCGCAGACAGGUUGCGGUGUCUACUGACUCUCAGGAGGCCCUGUGUUCAGACGGAGGGGAGAGCAAUGAAGGACUUGUGAAUGUGGCCUCUCUGGGCCUCCCUCCAUCCCCCUCGGCCUCCUCCCCCUCCAACUCUCCCUCACCCUGUUCCCAUCAUCACCCGCAACCCGCUCUCUGCCUGGUCCCCGCCACGCCAGGCGCCUCCCCUAAACCCUCGCGCCCCAGCAGUGUGCACACCCAGCUUCACAACCAGCACUGCUUCGCCUCCUCCGCCUCCUCCCCUCCCUCCUCCUUGCCUCCUCCGCCCUUACCAGCCAGGCAGCUCCAACAGGAGGAAGCCUCGGUGGAUCAGGAAGUGUCGCUCAUUACGCGUGCAGGGUUGGCUGGCAGUGAUGACAUCAUGAUGGAGGACAGUGGCGACGGCAGUAACAAGGGUUACAGCAGCUACGCGGGCUGCCAUGAAAGCCCGAGUCCAUGUUUGAGGCAGCUGAAGAGGUUCCACAGCGCUGACACGCAGGGCAGCACCGCUCUCCUGCCCCGCCCCCGCCCUUACUCCUGGUUGGACGACCCAAGGAGCCACUCCGUCGAGGUGUGCUCCUCGGCGGAGUCCAGCCCCCAGGGCAGCACAGCCUCCGCCUCCUCCGGGUUCGUAUCGCGAGCCGACAGCCUGCAGAUCCACAGCCAGACCCCCACUCAGACCUCGCUGCCCUCACCCCGACGCAAGAAGAAGAUGAGCCCGCCCUGCAUCUCCGUGGACCCCCCUGACGGACUGGAGCCUCAGUCCGGCCUCUACCCGGGCCUGGGUGCACUCGGGGGCAUUGGGCUGGGGGGAUUAGGGAUGCCCCCUCCUCUGCCCAGCCGGGACACCUGCCUGAGGAGGAGGGCGCCCUCCAGUGACUCCAAGGACUCCUUUGACGUGGGAGUUGGCGAGGGUUCGGCACAGGACGGAGGCUCGCCAAACCCCAACACCAACCCCAAGCUAUUGACUCUUCCCAGUUUCUCUUUUGAGAAGACAAGCUCUGAGCACUGAACACUGAUACUCCAACACACCAAUACACACACGCACACAGCUGGACGAAACCUCCACACACACAAACACGCGAUGCACUCCGUGUAUCUGUGAUGGUGAUAGUUCUAGUAAUAAUGCUGUAGAGAGUAAUAAUGGUAAAACUACAACAAACAGUGAAAACAUCCUUGGUUUCAUAAGGAGUGCAGUACUGUAGUAGUGUGACCAUCCCUUGUAUUUGUAUUGUUACUGCCAAAACAACCAGAGAAGAAGAGAACAACAACAACACAAACGUGACUGUUUCUCUUCUGCUACGCCUGCAUGCCACUGGCUGCAGCUCGACCCAUAACCUCUGGAGUGACAUCGGCACCUGGGAUUUGGCGCCCUCUGUGGUCGCCAUCUGAACUGCCCGGUGUCGCACAGGGUGGGCUUUGCCCGGUCAGUGGAGGUACAAAGCAAUAUGAACGUUUUAGAGACACUAUUUUCUUAAAUUAUUGGGCCAUAGUGUUUGUACAGGAUGUUGUUUUUUAAUUUCAUUCGAUUGUUAUUUUCAUGUCUUUUUUUGUGAUUUUUUUUUGUCAAAAUGGUUUGUCUUUGUCUUUUUUUUCACUGUAGGAUAUUUCUAGCUUUCUUGGUUUACUGAGGAAAGUGAACGUUUUUCAAAGUGCUGAAAACCAUGUAU